CCCAAAAAUUCAUUCAUCAAAUUCUCAAUUCAAACCUUCUUCGCAUUCAAAUUUCUUUCUCUCAAAAUCUCAGUUCAAAAUGGACAAGAAAGGAGCCGGUGGAAGGAAGGGAGGAGAACCAAGGAAGAAGUCGGUGACAAGAUCAAUCAGAGCCGGUCUUCAAUUUCCAGUGGGAAGAAUCGGUAGAUACUUGAAGAAAGGAAGAUACGCUCAGCGUGUAGGCACAGGUGCUCCAGUAUACCUAGCAGCAGUUCUUGAAUAUCUCGCUGCUGAGGUUCUUGAGUUGGCUGGAAAUGCAGCACGUGAUAACAAGAAGAAUAGAAUCAUUCCAAGGCAUGUGUUGUUGGCUGUUAGGAAUGAUGAAGAACUUGGUAAAUUGCUUAAUGGUGUUACCAUUGCUCAUGGUGGUGUUCUUCCAAACAUCAACCCAAUCCUUUUGCCUAAGAAGACUGAAAAGGCUGUUUCUAAGGAACCUAAGUCUCCCAAAAAAGCUGGAAAGUCUCCAAAGAAGGCUUAGAUCUCUAGGAACAAUUAGAUAAUUUAAUUAGUAUUUCUCUACUUUAUGUCUAUGAAUAUGAUGGAUUUAAUGAGAUUGGACUUCAAAAUUGUUUCUAUUCUACAA